CUUACGCUUGCAGAGACCUCAUUUAUUUUAGAUUUUGGCCCUAAAAUUAUAGCUUUGCAAUCGUUUCGUGCUUUGAUUCUUGCAUUUCUUUCUGGAUUGCAAGUUUGUAGCCGUUGAUGGCUUCAGUCGGGGGGAGUCAGCUGCGGGGGGAGGCAGGCCCCCACGUUGCUGCACGUCUGCAGUGUCCCUUAUGUGGGAAUUUCUCCAAAAGCCAUACUCACCAACUGUCCCACAUGGCUUCCACCCACCCCACCUGCCUGGACGAUGUGGCCAUGGGGCGCCUGGGGAACAUCAUCAUGUAUCAGAGCGGCGCCCAGCUGUUCCACUGCGCAGACUGCUUUUACACCAGCAGAGACUUCAGCAAACUCUACCAGCACAUCAUCGCCCAGCACUGUCUGGAUGAGACGGCGGGAGGAGCCGCCGACGGGGAAGACAACGAGAGCGAGAAGGCGGGAGGAGCCGCCGACGGGGAAGACAACGAGAGCGAGAAGGCGGGAGGAGCCGCUGACGGGGAAGACAACGAGAGCGAGAAGGCGGGAGGAGCCGCUGACGGGGAAGACAACGAGAGCGAGAAGGCGGGAGGAGCCGCUGACGGGGAAGACAACGAGAGCGAGAAGGCGGGAGGAGCCGCCGACGGGGAAGAUAACGAGAGCGAGAAGGCGGGAGGAGCCGCUGACGGGGAAGACAACGAGAGCGAGAAGGCGGGAGGAGCCGCCGACGGGGAAGACAACGAGAGCGAGAAGGCGGGAGGAGCCGCUGACGGGGAAGACAACGAGAGCGAGAAGGCGGGAGGAGCCGCUGACGGGGAAGACAACGAGAGCGAGAAGGGGGACAAGGAAGGCGAGGAGGAUGUGAAGGGAGCUGAUGAAGAAGAUGCCACAGCACCAGUGGGAAAGAGUAGCGGGGAGGAGGAAGACGGCGCCUCCCAGAGGCUGGAUUCAGUCAAAGCGGAUGGGGAAGCAGACAACACGGUGCUCCUCUUUAAAAAAGGGGUGUACCACUGCCUGAUUUGCAGCUGGAAAAACAAGCUGAAAGUGCAGGCCAUCAGCCAUGUGGUGCGCAAACACAGCAUCCCCCAGGUGUACGUGGUCCAAAGGAUCAAAGCAGACACCGCUGCUUACACUUCACCCAAACAUUUGAGCAGUGGCACAGAGGAGGAGGAGGAGGAGAAGAUGAGUGCCGCCCUCUUAAAGGAGGAAAUGGAGGCAACGGCCCAGGUGGUCCAGUUCACCUCCAACCGCUACGUCUGUCUCAUCUGUGGCUGGAAGACCAAAAUGAAAGGUUUUGUCAUAAGUCACGUGGUGCGUUGCCAUGACGUCCAGCGACCAUACAGCUGCAAAGGCUGCCAUUCCUCCUUCUUCCUGCCAAGCCAACUGCAGCAGCACGUCAGGGCGGCUCACCGGCCGGGACGCUUCAUCUGCCCCUUCUGCGGCUUCAGGUCGCACUUCCUGGGCGGCUUCCGAAGGCACUGCAGCCGAUGCAAGGAGGGGGAAGGGGUGGAGGGCUUGGCCGUGGAGGUAUGGGGCCAGGUGGAAACUAAAGCAACGAGAGCUGGGAGGAAAAGAGCACGCAGGUUGAUUGCAGAGGGGGAAGAGGAGAUGAUGUAAGCUGACUGCCAGGGCUGUCGCUCUCCAAGUGAAGAUUUAUUGAGUACCCCCAAAAUAUCAACCCAUCAUGUUGCACUGGCGAUAAUAAAUCUUGGGUUUUUUUUUUUUUUUACAUAAAUUGAAAGGAAAAAACAUCCCAUGACGCAAUGGUUGUCUCUGAAAAACGGUAAAGGAGGCACAAAUGUUUCGCUUUUCCACAUAAGGAAGUGAUUUACAAUAAUUUUCUGCAAUAAAAGAUGUCGAACUAAA